AUGGCGUACAAAGACAAUGAUGAUGGUUCCUCUCGCCUCCCCGAGGGCUUCGAGCGUGUUGGCUACGACGCCGACACGCAAGUCUAUACAUUCAAGUCGCCGGAGGGAGAGCUGUACGAGACGGCGCCCGGUAAUCGCUACGGCGAGCUGUGGCCUGUCGGGCAGCGCCCGCAGUAUAGCCAGGCAGAUAUUGAGGCAAACAACCAGAUCAUAGAGAGGGGUAACUUGGAGAGCGUGCGGAUGAUGAUGCCGUUCGUGCUGAUCAUUGUGCUGUUCUUCGUGCUGGUUUUCAAAUUUAUUGCAUAG